UUAAAAAGAGCCAGUAGUCUCAAUGUUGGACGUGCUAUGACAGCGUCAUUACUUCUCCAUCCCCGCUGGAUUGACCCGGUGAUGUUCCUGUACGACAACGGUUUAGAUGAAGUGAACAAAAACAUGGAAGGAUUUGCAGGAGGCAACUUUGCCGCGAAUCAGUGCAGGAAUCUGCUGGCCCAUCCUGCGUCCCUGGCUCCCAGCACUGCUUACACGUCGAGUGAGGUGCCAGUUUCUGGCAUGGCCGAACCUGUCAAACAGUGCAGCCCCUGUUCUGCAGCCCAGAGCUCUUCUAGCGCUUCUUUGCCCUAUGGAUAUUUUGGCAGCGGCUACUACCCCUGUAGGAUGACACAUCAUAGCGGCAUAAAGUCCUGCGCACAGCCCUCCACCUAUGCAGAGAAGUACAUGGACACAUCGGUUUCUGGCGAAGAAUUCACAUCCAGAGCAAAGGAAUUCGCGUUUUAUCAGGGCUACGCUGCUGGCCCCUAUCAGCCCGUUCCCAGCUAUCUAGAUGUUCCGGUAGUGCCGACGAUUAGCGCUCCGGGGGAGCCCCGGCACGAACCGCUGUUACCCGUGGAAAGUUACCAGCCGUGGGCGAUCACCAACGGGUGGAACGGCCAAGUUUACUGCUCCAAGGAGCAAGCCCAGCCGGCUCACCUUUGGAAAUCAUCGAUCCAAGAUGUGGUCUCGCACCCGGGGGACGGCAGCACCUUUCGGCGCGGGAGGAAGAAGCGCGUGCCCUACACAAAGGUGCAGCUGAAAGAGCUCGAGAGGGAGUACGCUACUAAUAAAUUCAUCACGAAGGACAAGCGGAGACGGAUAUCUGCGCAAACAAACUUGUCCGAAAGGCAGGUCACAAUCUGGUUCCAGAACAGGAGAGUAAAGGAGAAGAAAGUGGUGAAUAAACUGAAGAGCACCAGCUAGUUGUGAGGGGGCUGAAAGGGGAUCUCUUCCCUCUCCGAGGUGCGAACUACAGGUUGUGCGGACGUGUGUAUGUCAUUCCUAUACACACACCUCGAGGCUUUGGAUUUAAGACUUCGAAAUUCACAGGUAAAUAUGAAGAAGACUUUUUUUCUGAAAGAAUUUAACAUUGCGUGCCACGGCGCCACCCCAGCCUUUCUCUGUGGCAGGAGCGAAUGUUGGAGACGUUCGGAACCUCCGUAUUUGAUGUAAAAGAUAUUGUGUUGCUACAAGCAUCAGUGGUUGGACUGUACUAGUGCUGUGUCUUAUUCCACAAGGCGUGUAGGAAGACGGGGAUUUAUUCAUGUACAGUGUAUUGCGAAUCUAUACUGCAUGCUUCAUUUCUGCUCAGGAAAUCCUAGAAAACGUGUAAUAAAUAUGUUUACGCUCUAUUUUUUUUUUCAUUUGAAAGUUCUGAAAAAGAGGCUAUAAGCAGUCUGGGAUACCUAAAUUAAAACCAGCAUGUUUUAGAAUUAUACAUAAUGAAAAUUAAUAAAAUAAAAUGUGCACACAAUUCACUUGUUUAAUGGAAAAUAUGUAUACCGUGGCUUUUAAAGAUAUCUCAAGUCUUAUAGAGUUGUUUCUCGACUACUUACAUCGUGAUUUCUAAUGUUUCCCUGAUCUACACGUCCUUUUAUUAAGGAAACUGCCAAGGCAAUCUUACUGUUUCAUGAUGUCCUUUGGUGAAAGCAAAGCUUUUCAUAUGUGUCAAUUGUAAAAUAGCUUUCCUAUAAUAUUUGCGUUAUUGUUGUUGUAUAGCCUAUGCCAGCGCCGUAUGCUUGAAGUAUUGAAUAUUUGCAUUGUUCAUUUAUAUCUAUGUCUGCAAAAUAUCAGUGUACUUUGUUAAUUACCAAACAAAUUCCGUCCCAAUAAAAUCAGGAC